AUGAAAUUGCCAUGGUUGGUAGGAGGGGAUUUCAAUGUGAUAUUACAUGAAGAUGAGAAAAUAAGAGGACUACCAGUACACCCGCCUAAAUAUGAGGAUUUUGUAUUUUGUGUAAAUUCUUGUGGUUUGUUCGAGCAAGGAUUCGAAAGAAGUCCAUUUAUAUGGUGGAAUGGGAGAUCCAAUGCUGCGUGUAUAUUCAAAAGAUUGGAUAGGAUAUUUGUGAAUUUUCCAUUUGAAAACAUGUUGCCAGCUAUUGAAGUUGAACAUCUAAUCAGAACUGGAUCAGAUCAUGCACCAUUGGUAAUGUCAUGUGGGGAGCAGACCACCAAUUUUGUCAAGCCUUUCAGGUUCUUGAACUUUUGGACUAAACAUACUGCAUUUAUGGAUGUGGUGAGGCAGAAUUGGGAAGUUGAUUUCAUAAGGGAUCCGUUUUUUAUGUUCAAGCAGAAGCUCAGGAGGGUGAAGGAAGCACUGUCAAAAUGGAGUAGGGAAACAUUUGGUGAUAUCUUCAAGCAAUUGGCUAUUUUGGAUGACAUUAUUAGGGUAAAAGAGAUGUUGUUUGAAGAAGAGCCUUCAAUUGAAAACAGGAUUCUGCUUCAAAAGGCACAAUCUGAAUUGAAGAAAUACUUGAGUAUUGAGGAGCAGUAUUGGAAGCAAAAAGCUGGGAUGACUUGGUUUGCUGAAGGAGAUAGGAAUACAUGUUUCUUUCACAAUCAUGUCAAUGGCAAAAGAAAGAAAUUACAACUAAAGAGGAUCGAAAUUGGAAGUGGGGUAUGGAUUGAAGACCAGGAGCAAUUGGCUACAGCUGCAGUGGACUUUUAUCAAGAACAUGUCACAAAUGAAGGUGAUCCAUCUGACUUUUCCUUGCUCAAUAAUGUACCUUCGAUUGUCAUUAUGGAACAAAAUUUGGAACUUAGUAGAUUGCUAACAAUUGAAGAGGUAAGGAUAGCAGUUUUUGAGCUUAGUGGGGAGAGUGCUAGUGGUAUAGAUGGAUUCACUGGCCUAUUUUAUCAAACAUGCUGGGAUGUUAUUGGUGCUGAUAUAUACAACAUGGUGCUUCACUUCUAUGGAGGAGCUGCACUGCCUAAAUCCAUCACUCACACCAAUCUACUGUUGGUGCCUAAGAAACCUAGAGUUGAGACCUUUUCUGACUUAAGACGUAUUAGCUUGAGCAACUUCAUUAACAAGGUAUUGUCUAGAGUGUUACAUGAUAGAUUGGAAAUUUUUUUGCCUUCUCUAAUAUCUCCUAAUCAGUCAGGAUUUAUGAAGGGUAGGAGUAUAUUUGAGAACAUCUUAUUGACUCAAUAA